AUUUUUAUAGCCCAGCCACACCCCCAACACGUUGCUUUUUGAAAAAGCUGUAGCUAGCUGUGAAAGCGAAGGAGAAGUUAUGGCGACUAAAAAGGCUACAAAGAUACCCAAAAUUGAUUCAGGAGAGGACGAAGGCGUGCCAGAGGGUAUUACGGAGGAGCAGCAACAGAUACUGGAGAAAGUAGUGUCUAUACAACGGGAAAUUGAUCAGCUAAACGAGCGCGCUUCUGAAGAGAUCUUGCACGUGGAGCAAAAGUAUAACAAGCUGCGGACCCCUCACUUCAAGAAGAGGUCUGAUUUGAUCAAAGAGCUACCUGACUUCUGGCCAACUGCUCUGGUGAACAACAUUCAGUUUGCAGAGCUGCUAUCAGAUGAGGAUGAGACUGCACUACAGUAUCUGGAGAAUGUCACAGUGGAGGAGUACGAAGACGUCCGAUCAGGCUGCACUAUCACCAUGUAUUUCAGACCAAAUCCGUACUUCACAAAUGAGAGUCUGGUCAAAGAGUACACCCUGGAGAGCACGGGGGAGACCACAGUUGUAGGGACAGAUAUUGAAUGGAAGUCUGGAAUGGACCUAACUAGUCGACCAUUGCCAGAGGAGGUGGUGGGAGAGAGUAGAAAGAGACCGCUGGAGGAUAUACCCAGCUUCUUCUGUUGGUUCUCCGAGACUGAAUCUGCUGACGAUGCAGCGGACGUAAUCAAGGACGACAUCUGGCCUAACCCCCUACAGUACUAUUUUGGUAAUGACGGAGCGGGGCAGCUGGAGGUAUCACUAGACGAUGAGUUAGAGUACGAAGAAGAGGACGAUGACGAUGAUGUAGAUGGUCUGGAUGAGGACGACAGUGGAGACGAGGUGGUACUUAGCGAUGAGGAAGGAGACGAUGAUGACGAUGUAUGACACACCCACUGAGCAUCGCAGCCAAUUAGUACCAACUGACCUACACACACUUAAUCCUAAAUCAUAAUUAUACUUGCUGUCCAUUUUUCUCUCUUUUACUAUUUUUUGUGGAGACAUGCCAUGCAUACAGGUUGCAUCUUUUUGAAUGUUUGUAAUUGUGAUUCAGUGUAUUAUAUCAAGGUUGUAUACAGG